AUGGCUUCAAAAACAGCUUUUGCUGUUAACCAUGGUCAAAGCUCUUCACUAGCCUGCCCCAAUCUACAAUUGGGUGUUCACAUUCCCCUGUCAUCCAAGCAUUCUGGUAAUAUUGCCCCUGAUAGUCAAGACCUCAUUGGCGAAUGUGACAGUUCAUUCAAAAUUCUUAAUUGCCGAUCUCCGCAACAGCAGCGUCCUUUUCCUGAAUGUUCAACACUCAGAGGCAACAGCAAUAUGAGUGAAACCGAUGUCAUCGGAUUGAGUCAAACAGAAAUUCAACUCGCUUCUUGCCAUAGGAUCUUGCCUGAUCAAACAGUGAUGAUGUAUGAGGCCGCAAAAGUCGGAAUUUCAGCAAAGGGUGUAGAGAGCGGCAAUGAUCGCUUGUGUAUUUCAGAAGAUAGAAUAGGAGAGGCAGCUUUGGAUGGUGAUCAGGAGCUUGACGGUGCGGCCGGGUAUUCGCAGAGAAGCAACUCAUUGUUGAAUCAUCCGGCACUGGCCUCACCAAAAAGCCGAGUUAUCCAUGAUCACAGCCUGCGGAGUCGACGCGUUUCUGCCACAAGUAAAGAGACCUCGAAGAAAAGCUACUCCAAAGAUAUUGCUGGUCUCUCGGUGGAUGAUGGGCUGAUUUGCCGAGAGGAUAACGAACAAGAAACUAGGGAAGAGAAGGCGGUAGAGGGAUGUGAAGAAGUAAGAAAGGAGCAAAAAGCAAAUCUCCCUAAAAGUGGUGGUGAACAGGGCUUGGUUGCGGAAGCAGUUUUAGAACCAGCGGAUGCAGUGACUUGUGGACAAGAUUACAACACUCUUUCUGGCUUUCGGCGCUGGGGCGGCCUUAGUUUUCGAGUUGGCUUAACUACACAGAUGAGGAAGCGUGCAUACGCCUACACAGCUGCUUUAGGCUCUGUUACUUCAAGUGCUAAGGGAGAGGGCUAUAUACACGGCCGCGCACUUUCAUCUACGUUGCGGCCAAAAUUUUCGGGUACUCCGUCACUCAGCCUGAGCGAAAUGUUGCCUGCUAGUGAGGUUCCUGGCUCUCCCGUUGGUAGACUGGGGCAUUUGAACUAUGUCAAUUCAGUUUAUAAAGUACCAGCAGCCUCAUCCUCAACGGCUGCUGCAGCGGCAUGUUGGAAGCAGAAGCUCUUGACUUCUGUCCUAACGGGUCGGUCUCCGUUGCCUUAUAUAAAACAAGAACAGUCUUCCUCAGUCUUAAAUCAAACAUAUGGACGUCAUUUAAUAAGAAAUCGUGUGCAUAAUCGACCUCAGCAGAUUUCGAAUCCUUCUUAUACUGGAUCUAACGAAGGUUCCGCCUUUUUUGAAGCCGCAAAAAUCCUGAGAUCCGAAGCGGCGGACAUGUCAACUGCCGCAGCUGCUGCACGAGAGACCUUAAAGGCAUUGACUAUCAAGGACAGGAGGGAAAUAUUAUGCAACUAUUUUACAACCCUUCAACUCCUGAUUAGCAUAGUAAAUGCUCUCGGUUGCCACCACGGCCAUCGUGACGCGCCUAGUAUACUGCAUGCAUCGUCAGGCUCCAGCCUUUCUUCAGCUGAAGAAUGCGAUGAAGCUGGCGUUUGGCCUUUGCGUGGUUCGGACACUGAGAGUGCUGUGAUUGGUCCGAGAAACGCUGAAUCUACUUUGAAGUCUGGUCUAGAUGUUUCAUCACCAACGACCGUUAGGCAGCUCAAUCGCACGCAACCAUCAGAGGCGAAUUUUUGUACCGGCACAUUGACCACUAAUCAGAGGUUGCAUCUGCUGCGUCAUCAAACCCACGAUUGUUUUCUUUAUCUUUAUCGGCUGAGCCCUGGACAAUUUCGAUGGUUUUGUCUUGGCUACAUCGCUUCUCAACCUGUCAGUGAUAUCGUCGAGAUGCUGCAUUCGCUGACUAGCUUCUGCUUGGAUCCAGCCACACACUCUCCUUCCAGGCUAGGUAAGGGAAGCAAAUGA